GCAAUUUUUCAGCCUAAAUUAGGUUGCACUGAACCAGUAUCGUCCCAUUGCCAAUUGGAGUACGUCUAACUAAGAUGCAGACUCACAGUGUGAGCGAGACAUGUUGGAGGAACUCCUAGCUGAACCAAAUCAUGUCUCAUAAGGAAAGGAAGACAUAGAUGACCAUGAAGAACAGGAAACCACAGUAAAGGGACACCUGCAGGACAAAAAAGAUGGAUGCAAACAAAGUAUGGCAGUGGCGCAUUAUGCAUGUUAAGAAAUAUUCAAGGCAUCCACAACCAUUUUAUCACUGCAACAGAGUAGGAUUGGAUUUUAACAUAGCAUCCAGCACAAAAAAAAAAUUGGACUUACAAUUAGUGACAAACGCUGUCAUACUUGAGGUCUGUGACUUUGCUAAAACAGUAAACAAGGGUAAAAGUCGUUUUUUAACAAACUUUCUAGAGAACAAUUUUGAUCUUGGCUUGGAAAAUGAGCAACAGCGAAUUGAUUUUACUACUCAAAUUCAUUACAAAGUCAGAGAGCUGAUCAGGAAACCUCCUGUGGAUAGAAAUGAAGUUUUCACUCUGUUUGACACAUCUAAGCCAGAAUGCAACAGCAACAAUGGACUGGCCAAGGCAUCUACAGAGCGUAAGACUGAAAGGUUCCCAAUGGAGAUGGAUGAUACUGAUGAUAGUGAACAAGAAGAUGAAUUCAUGUGUUCACAGGAACCAUCCAAUGGAAACAUAAAGACAGAAUGCCUUUUUGAUGAGAUGGGUGGAGCACCUGAUGAAGACCGUGAGCAUGAGGAUGAAUUAAGAGUUUCAGGAUCACUGUCAACAGAAGAACUGAAGGAGGAUUUUCUUACCACUCAGUUCCCUUAUUGUGAAGAAAUUGGUCUAAACUUUGACGUGGUGUCAAAACAAAGACUAGAUCCAGAUUUGCUGACUAAGGGUGUGAUGCUAGAAUUGGAACAUGUCACCAGAAUACUGACCGCAUCCUACAGCCCUAUUGUUCUUGGUGUGUUGGAGCACAAUUUUGAUCUUGAUCUCAAAAGUCAACAAAGAAGAAAUCGAGUUUGGUUCAAGAUAUCACAACUGCUGAGGAGAAGAAAUCAACUUAUCACCACUGUUCGAAAAAUGAGACUGGACUUUGAAAAUGAGCCAUAUUCCUUCCAGACAGUCCCCUUCAAAAAAGCACUGUGCUGUACGGGAGCCUUGCAAUAUCACUUCAAGGAGGUGACACAAGGAAGGCAGCCUAAUUUCAAAAGUAAACAGAAAAAGAGGGCCCUGUUCACAACAGAUGAAAGAGUGAACAAAAGGUGCAGAAAAGGACAGUCUGAAGACAUGGAGACAAACUCACUCUCUCAUCACACUGGUUCAUGUACGAGUCAAACAGAAAAGUGGGAUUAUGAUGAAUCCUGUCCUUUUGGAGAGUCUGAUGAUGACUCAGAAAGAGUCACAAAUCAAAGCCCAAAAAAUUGUUCUCUGACCUCUGAUAUUCUCAGACAGUCAGAGUCAAGUUGUCUGGGCACUGAAGCACCUUUGUUGAUCCUCACUGACAUCUCGUCCAGUUUGCCAGCUGUAAAUUCAAGUUUGAACACAUCUGCAAGUCAACCUAAUAAAAAAGGACUUCAUGGUGGUGAGAAGCAACAACAGACUCCAAGGAAUGAACCAAAUGACUGCGACACUGAACAAGAGGCAGCCAGUAAAACAGCAGAGUGGAAUUGUUAUGACUCUUGUCCUCAUGCAAAGUCUGAUUAUGAUCCAGACACAGUCAUCAAUCCAGUAAACACUGGCUAUCAAGAUCACUUUCAAAGCCCCAAAAAUUGUUCUCUGACCUCUGAUUUUCUUAGACAGUCAGAAUCAAGUUGUCUGGGCAUUGGGGCACCUUUCUUGAUCCUCAAUGAUAUCUUUUCCAGUUUUCUCGCUGUAAACUCAAAUGUGAACACAUCUGCAAGUCAGCCUGUUAAGAAAGGGCAUUGUGGUGAUGAGGAGCCAACACAGACUCCAAGGAAUGAACCAAAUGAAUCUGAAUUUGAACAAGAAGAAACCAGUGAAACAGCAGAUUGGGAUUAUUUUGACUCUUGUCCAAAGUCUGAUUAUGAUCCAGACACAGUCAUAAAUCCAGCAAACACUGGCUAUCAGGAUCACUUUCAAAGCCCCAAAAAUUCUUCUCUGAACUCUGACUUUGCUAUAGAAUCAAAUUCAAGUUGUCUGGUAAUUCAUGCCCCUUCCAUGACCUCAACUGACAUGAAAUCCAUUUCACAAACUGUAAACUCAGAUGUGAACCCACCAUUUGCAAGUCAACGUGAUCAAAAAGUGCUUUGUGGGGGUAGAGAGAAAACACAGACUCCAAGAAAUACAGCAAACAAAUGUGACAUGGAACAAGGGGAAAUCGGAACACAGAUGAUGUGGAAGUUGCGUGCUAACCGUGUCAAACAAAUCCUCUCUGAGUUUGGUCCAUUUGUUUGGUCAAACAGAGUCGGCCUUGAAUUCAAUGUUGGAUUUGGCCCAAAGCAAAACAUCGGUUUUGACUCUGCAUUUGAAUGUGCUUUGCCUGAAGUUGCAAAAUUUGCCUUAGCAAUGAAUUCAUCUCAACAAUAUUUUAUCAUGGAGAUUCUUGAGUACAACUUUAACUUCUACUUUCUGAGUGAACACCAGAGAAAUGAUUUUAUGUGUAACAUGAUGGAUGCAGUAAGACAAUUGAAAAAUUGUCAAGAUGGAGUAAAAUGCUCAAAAGAGAUCUUUGAUUUGCCAUUUUUAUUGACCAUACAGAACCAAGAAGUUGAGACAGAGAGCGGUGUCAAACUGGAAUUCAGUGAUAUAGUAUAUAGAACAGAAGAGUGUGAUGUUGAAGAGAUCUUUAAUUUGCCAUCUUUAUUGAUUGCAUGGGACCAAGAACUUCAGACCAGUGUCAAUCCUGAGCUCAGCAAUGUUUCAAGACUCGGGGAGUGUAAUGGUGAUCCCAUAUCGCUAGCUAAAAUUGAAGAACAACCAACUAUUGUGGAUUCAUAUCCUUUCUGCAAGGAAAUAGGUCUGAGGCUACAUGUUAACCAACAUCAUCAAAACAAAAGACUGGACAUCAACAAACUGACCAAUGGAGCAAUGACUGAAGUGAUAAACUUUGCAGAAAAGUUGAGUGGAACAUUUGAGCAGAUCUGUCUUGGCAUUCUUAGACACAACCUGGACCUUGAUAUGCAAAGUGAAGAUUCUGACCUUGCGAGAAAUAUUUUUGAACAAAUUCCUGCUGUAGUACAGCGAAAGAAUCUAGUAAUCUGUACAAAGGCCUACAGGAAAAUAAGGCACAGAAGACAAAGUAAUAUGAAGAGGGCAGAACAGGAUAUCCAGAAGAAUCAAAAUGUAGAUGCACAUAGUGCUAUAAAUUCCUUAGAUUUCCCUGACAUUGAAAACCAGCAGGAGCUCAGUUUAUUCUUGUGGAAAUUGCGGGCAAAUCAUAUUCAGCAAAUUCUCUCAAUACCACAUGGAGAACAUUGCCCGCUUUAUCCUUACUCCAGAUGCAAGAAAUUAGGCAUUGAGUUCAAUGUAGGGGCCAGCAUAAAACAAAAUCUGGAUACCAAAUUACUUACCAAUGGCAUCAUGGUUGAAAUUUGCUAUUUUGCCACAUCACUGCUCUUAGCUCAGAAAUAUUUCAUGUCAGAGAUCCUGGAGUAUAAUUUUCAUGUGAAUUUUCACAAUGAGCUGUAUCGCAAUGAUUUUGCCCAGAAAAUCUAUCAGAAAAUCAGAGCGGCAGUUACAAAAAUGAAAUCUUCCCCCACACGAAGGAAAAUGGCUUUUGAACUCCCUGACAUGAGGUUCAUGAAUGAAACUGAUGCUGGGAAAGCUAUACAUUGUCCCAAAUGCUAUCAAGAGAGAGAACAUAAGAUUUAUGAGGAAGAAACUGGCCAGGGUCACAUGCAUCAUCAUCGUCCACAUACCAUGACUAAUAAAGUUUCUACUGAUGCAGACUACCAAGCACAAAAGCCUGCAAAAAAAUCUACGUCUACCUUCACAGCAAUCGAGGAAAUGAUAAUGGACAGGUACCCUCUUUGCAAGAAGAUGGGUUUGAACCUGUGUGUGAACAAAGACCAACCUGAAGAUGCACUUGACGUACGUGGAUUGACGUUUGGGAUGAUGUUUGAAGUGGCUCACUUUACCAGGGUAUUGUGUUCCACCAAAAACAAGAUCAUCAAUACUGUCCUCCAACACAACUUCAACAUUGGCACAGAAAGACAUGACAUAGAUAUUUUUAAGUUGUUUGGCAGAGCGAGGGCACAUGAGGAUGGUGGGGUCGUCUGGUUCAGUGAAGUUUUUGCUCCAGAGUCCAUUGUUUUCAAGCACUAUGAACCUGCAAUGAAACAGAAUCGAUCAUCUGUUGUGCAAAUAAGUGAAACGAAAAAAACUGUCAAAAAAAGACAGCUGGCACUGCAGACAAAGAAGGAAAGAGCCACCCUGCAAAGUUACAGUAAUAGUGACACAGAACAAGAGGAAAUAGGAACCAAGAGCAACUAUACUUGUCCUCUUGGAGAGUCUGAUCUAGACUCAGACGAAAUUGCGGAUCCAGAAAAAUUUGGCGAUCACGAUCACUUACAAAACCCCAAAAGUUGUUCUCUGAGCUCUUAUAUUCUUAGAGAGUCAAAAUCAAAUUGUCUGGGGAUUAGGGAACCUUUCGUGAUUCUCACAGACAUCAGAUCCAGUUUAGCUGCUUUAAACUCAGAUCACAGGACCAGAAACUUCUUAGUGUGGGCAGUGUAA